AUGACAAUCCGACCACAAUUGGUGAUGUGGCAUGUUUGGUCAACAAAGGAAAAAGUUAAUGUGGGGAAAUUGGUCAAUAAAUGCCAAUGUGGCAGGCAAAGGCACGCCUCAUUCGAUGGCUUUAUCGAAUCUAGAUCUACUGAUUCCCACCAAAACGAUGAUGAUUUUAUCGAACGUGCUAUUCACCUCUCAUCCGUAUUGCUCGAAGCUGCCAAGAGAUCCGCUCGUAAACGCUCUUCCGUUCAUAAUGCAUCUGUCUGGCCUCUCACUCCGGACCUCACAAUCAAGGUUUUCUCUAUGCUUGAUACCCAAAGCCUAUUCUGUGCCGGGGCUACGUGUUCGUUUUUUAAGAUGUGCACCAUAGAUCCUUUGUCUUAUAUUAAUAUUAACUUGGGUACUUUAAUACCCAAGAUCAAACCCAAGAUCAACAACAACAAAGAUGCUAUGGUAUCUACAAUGAUUCAACGUGUUGGAAGUGCGCUUCAGUCUAUUAAGCUUGGUGUAGAGCCGCCUUAUAUCAUCGAUGAUGAUGAUGAUGAGUGGGGUAUUAAGCGGUCCCAACAACUUGAGGAGUCACCAUUCUUAACAGGCUCUUGCUUGAGUUCUUUGAGUGCGAAUGGUGGUGUACCUGGGUCUCGUUUAAGAAGUUUGCAACUUUACAAAAUUAAAUUGAAGGAUAAGACAACACUUUCGGAUGCACUUUCGGCAUGUUUAUCGGCUUGCCAUUCUCUUGUAGAACUAAAAUUUGUGGGCAUGAUGCAUGUUUAUAUCAGUCGUAUACUGGAGGCUGUGAGUAGAUAUUGUCGCUUGCUAGAGCGUUUUAUCUUUGAAUUUAGCGGAGGCAGACCUGAUUUGGUAGAAACCUCGGUGUGCAAAGAAUUUGUGGUCAACUGCCCUAAGAUAACCACUUUGGUUCUGCAAGCAUGCGAACUGUUUCCUUCUGAAGCUUUCGAGCUGGUGAAGGGGUUUAACGAGUUAAAAUAUGUUGACUUCUCAAAUUGUUAUUCACUCACUGGCGCCUUUCUAGAGGACCUUGCCACCAAAGGUGGUGGAAAUAGUUUGGAGGUCAUGAUUUUACGUCGGGUGUAUAAUCUUGAUAAAGUGGAGGUUAUAAAGUUUUUGAGAGCUCUUCUUGCAGGAAAGUUCAGGCAACUAAGACAUUUUGACAUAUCCGCAAGCGGUGGUUUAGUAGAUACUGGUGACGGCAGUGAUUUACGUUAUGGUGUGAGGUACGGCGGACAAUUUAUCUAUCUUUGA